UUUCGUUAUAACAUUCGCUUUAUUAAUUAAAAAAUCAUAAUUAAAUAUUUAUAUUUGUGCAGAAUUGCAACAAUAUGAAUCCUCAAAGUAAAUCAACGUCAUUAUCCGCAGAUCUUAAUAAUUUUAUUUAUGGCGUUUCCAAAAGAACUUCCCAAAAUGCGCCUGAACUCACCAAGAUCGGUUUAACAUUAUUGAAAAACUUCCCGGCAUCUAGGGAUGCUGUUCUAGAAUAUUUUGCAAUGGUAUUUCAUGAUGCAGUGAAUGCUUCAAUCAACCAAAUCGAAUAUGCGGCUGAUAUUAGUACAAACAGUUCACUGGAGUGUGUGAAUAUGAUUGGAACGGAACUAGGCAAUCUUGGCCAGUCAUGGGCACCAUUUAUUGCACCCUGGUGUAUUAAUUUGAUUAUGGAUAUAGCCACAAAAAAGUCAAAUGUACCAAAUACAACAUUACAGAGUACAGAUCCUGUUAGAGUUCUUUUGGACAUCACCACACAAAAUUUAACUUUACUGAAUUCAGAAGAAAGAGCAAAAUGCAUUGACAUGAUGUUAGGUUCGUGGGCGUGUUCGUGGGCAGUGGGUUGGGUGGGACGUGCUGAGCCCGCACUAGUGGCGCCGCGAGCACUCGCACUCGGAGUGGAUGCGGCGCGCUCUGUACUUGCGCAUCUUGCCAAUCAUCCGCCCGCCCUUGCUCACAUACGGGCAGCACUUGUUGAUUUGUUCAAUGAUGCUAUCAAGGAAGACAGUAGACCGGAGAAAAAGCGCGACGUAAUACCUUAUUUGCUGAAUCUUGCAUCGAAGUCUGAUGUCGUGCUAAAAGCGCUGACACAAGACAUCGAAGAAACAUUGACGGACGAUGUGGUGGAGCGGGUGGCGCGCGCGAUCUGCGGCGCGGGCGUACGUCACGUGACGUGGGAGGCCGUGGGGCCCGCGCAGCUGGUCGCGCUGCUCACGCGCUCCCACGCGCGCUGCCUGCUGCUGCUGCUGCGGCACGCGCACGCCGACCGCAACUGUCGCCAGCUGCUAGAAUAUUUAUUACAGAAAUUGGAGUAUGACAGUUUAUUUCCUGAUAAGAGUAUCCCUCUGCUCAACAGUGUAGCGGAGGAAAUAGAUCUGAUCAGAGAAAAGUUACUUACCGGGAAUCAGUUGGAACAAUACUCUCUUGCCAGGAUACUCAUUUUAGUAUGCAACAAUCUGCCAUCGGAAUUCGUCAACACCAUCAGCUACUUCCUGCAGUAUUCCCGGAAUGACACAACCCUCGCGUUACUGGUCCGCAUCAUAUCUGGUACUAUCAAUAUGCAUAUACCAAACGAUUCGCCCGAUAUUAAUAUGGACACGGAGAGAUAUCAAAACCUUAUAAAAACUGGCGUGGAGUACGGCCUGAGGCAUGCGAUGAUAUCCGACACUGAAAUAAAAAGAAUUUUCAUAGAAGAUAAUGUACCCGAAGACCAAAAGACUUACUUGCAUCAUUAUUGUUUGAAUAUUAUCCAAUUGUUAAGGUGGGAGAACUCCGGUCGCGUGGCGGCGCUGCAGUCGCGGCGGGUGGCGCGCGCGGUGGAGGCCAGCCUGUACGGGGUGGGCGGCGCGCUGCAGCGGCUGUGCGGCGUGCUGCGCGCGCGCCCGCCCGCCACCUGCGCCGCGCUCCCGCACAUGCCCACCGCGCACGCGCUCGCACACGUAUUAGAUAAAGUUGACAUGUCAGGAACGAAAUCUCCACAACCAAGUGUGGAGGUAAUUUUGAAAGUAGUGCAAGCAACUGUUAAAUAUUUCUUCAGAUGUCUACAUGAGGAAGAUAUAAUGGACAAGCUGCGAGGUGUACAAACAGCAUGUCGACUGCUCCGCAAGCUGUGCCUGCACAGCAAGCUGGCGCGCGCGGUGGCGCUGCGCGAGCUGCUCGAGACGGCCAUGUUCCGGGAGGAGGACGCCUUCGGCAGCAGAAACACCACCACUAGCGGCGCUAGCACCAGCUCCAGAGAUUCUGGAGAGGAUCUACUCAUAUACCUCAAUCAGAAACACGGUCCAAUUACUCAGUUGACACAGAGUCACACGUCAGUUUUCCACGCGGGAAUCAUCGGGAAAGGUGUCCGUAAACAAAAUGGUAGCGACAAUGACAGGAUCCCGCCAAUAUUAAGUACGAACAACGAGCUAUUGAUGGGCGCUCUUAUGUCCUGCAUGGAUGGUAAUAGCGGCGUUGUAGAAGGCGCUACGUCGCUGUCACUGUUAUUAGUUGAGCUUGUAUCACCCGAUGUUAUGUACAACGGACUGCCGUGGCCAGAUGAAGAUUUUACUAAGCAAGUGAGCAUCGAGCGCGAGCUGUACAUGCGCGCCGUGCUGGAGGGCUGCGCCGUGUCGCGGGCCGCACUGCGCCGCGCCGCCGCCGCGCGGCCCGCACUCUGUCUCGCGUCCGCACUGCUGCGGGCCGCCGCCGCCACGCUGCUGCACCGCCUGCGGGCCCACCUCGCGGACCGCCACAGCCAGUCGUCGGAGCUGGCGCGCGAGAGGGCGGCCCUCUCGGAACUGCUCGCCACUAUGACGCUGGGCCAGUUGUUGCCGCAUCCACUCAGCCAUAUGCUGGAACUGGCGCCCGAGCUCACGGCUAGCGAGACUGUACAAGUGUUAAGGGAUUGUUUAUGGAACUACACCAGGGAUCAUGUGCCCUCACCAGCCCUGUUUACUUGUGAUUCCACAGGGCUCCAUUGGCGCGACCCAUCUACAUGCAAGCCGCCUGCUACUUACACAGAUACGUUACGACUGAUCAUACAAAAAAAAAUAUCAACACUGGGCCAUAUGUAUCCGAUAAUGUUUUUAAAUCUCGAAAAAGAUGUUCAAUAAAUUAUUUAUUCUUUAUGUUACAUGUAUUGUAAAUAAAAUAGUUAAGAGAAUAAA